GGUUACUCAGCGUCGGUUUUGCCGGCAGUCGUGUGCACGACGCCGUCGCCACCACGUGCGAGCCAAAUUUAAAUCGACCGCCCCGGUACGCGGGAUCUUAUCUAUAUACACAGAUAAAUAUAGAGAUAGAUAAAAAAAAACCCGCCGGUUGUGUGACGUUUGAUUUAUCACUGGAGUAAAAUUCAUUGUAUGUUGAUAGUUCAACAUGAAAUAACAAACUUCCCGGGAUAUUUCUCAUUGAACUUCAGUGGAAUAAAUAUUGAGAGAGAAGAGACUACGAGUUGUGAAUUAAUCAUAUGAAAUUUUCGGAGUAGUGGAGGCCCCAGGCCCUUGGGAGUGUUUGAUUGAGUCUUAACGGAGGAUAAAAUAAAAAAAAUCAGGAGGUGAAAUUCAGUUGACUUGAUAAGGGUUGACAGAUUUAAAUGGUCGAAGAAUCAAGGACACGGGUCAAUGGAUCACGGCUCCCAUAAAGGGUUUGCAUAAUAGAAAAGGAGCGAGUGAGUUGGGGAUCGAGAGAAUUGACAGAUACAAAAAAUCGGGGGAAUAAAAUUUAUGAAGCGGUUUUUGUUUGAUCGCGCCGAAUCAUACCGACCUUGAGGAUCAGAGUGGACUGACCUUGUCAAUAGGACGGCGCCACUGGUGGACCAACGAGGAAGCCGGAAGGAGGUGUGCUGCGGUGACGGUCUGCACCCUGCGAUAACAGUGAUUCACGUGUUUGGUAUUUUAAUUGAAUUUAAUGAGUGACUCGUGUCCUUUGGGCAAUGGAUAAUUCGAUGGUGAAUUUGUGAGGGACUUUUGAGUGAUAAGUCACUGUGAUAGCUAGUCGGUACGGGCUUUACGGGACUUGAAUGGGGAUAGAAAACGUGAGUCAGGUAGAAAAGGUUGAAGUUGACAGACAACUCUCUUGAGGUGUGUACACUCUACGUGUCUCACUCAGUGUCCUCUCACCUAUAUAGUUAAAACGUACACCAGGGAGUUGUUUGCACAUUCGACAUCGGCCGUCUCUUGGGGGGAAUGACUCAACAUGCUACUUAGUUUCAGAGUGGUACUGCUGAUCUCAGCUGUCCUGUCCUCGUGGCGAGCACGGGCCGAUUAUCUCAGUGAAAAAAAUGAAGUCUACGAUUUACUACCAGCAGCUGUACUAACAACUGAGGAAAAGAAUCAGUAUGUUGAUGAUGGACUGGAUGGUUUUCUGGCCUUUGGCUUUCGUCCAGGAUCAGAAGUUAAACAGCCCUAUCGUCUCUGUCUACCGGAAAAACUACCCGCUGAAUUCACCAUCGGGGCGACCUUCAAGCCAAUGUCCCUGAGGACAAGCUAUCUAUUUGCCGUACUCAAUCCCUUUGAUACAAUUGUCCAGCUGGGUCUUCGCAUCUCCGAUGGACCGAGCCCGAAUCAAAAUAUUUCCCUCGUCUACACCAAUUCCGAUGAACACUCUCACUCGGAAGAAGUUGCACAAUUUACGGUACCAAAAUUGGUCAAAAAAUGGUCAAAAAUUGUCAUCAGAGUAUCAACUACUGACGUUGCACUUUAUCUUAACUGUCACGAAAUGGCGAGACAGCGGGUCACGAGAAUUCCCCAGGAGCUUGUAUUCGAUACAGCAAGUGCACUCUACAUCGCCCAAGCUGGACCACAUAUACAGGAAAAGUACGACGGUCUGAUGCAAACGUUGAAAUUAUAUUCUGGACUGCCUCAGGAUCUUGUUAGAUGUUCUGAUAUUGAGUUCUUCCCAGAACACUCGGGCGAAGGUGACUACUACUCCGAACCAUUGGAUGGUGAAUUCAGUGACUUCGAUAAGUUUGACCAAGUGGAUGAUAAUGACAAAAAUGAAAACAACCCUCCACCGUUUAUCACACCUCCACCACCAAAUCCUGACGCAAAAGGAUUAAAGGGUGACAAGGGUGAAAAAGGCGAUAGAGGUGAGAGUGUGCGCGGUUCCCCGGGACCGCCAGGUCCUCCCGGAAAUCUAUACGAUUUAAGUGACGAUGACAAGCGAAUUAAGCCACAAGGACCAGCGGGACCGAAGGGCGAACCCGGUACAUGCACUUGCAAUGCAACAGCUCUGAUGACAAGCUUCAUGAUGCCAAAAAUGGUAGCUGGCCCGAAGGGAGAACCUGGUGUAACUGGUAAAGAGGGAAAACAGGGGGAACGUGGUUUAACGGGUUCGGCGGGGCCACCUGGUGAGCGUGGACUGCCUGGCACACCAGGACCUAAAGGUGACAAAGGGGACCUCGGUGUGACAGGACCAGAGGGACCACAGGGUCAAAAGGGUGAACCAGGGAGAGAUGGUAUAGCUGGAGAAAAGGGAAAUCCUGGACCACCAGGGCCACCAGGCAAAACUGAUGAAUUCUCCCCCCAUGAGCCACUUUGGAUUAGACAAGGAAUGUCUCCUGUAUCUAGAGAGGGUAUUACGAUGCGCCCAGGAUUACCGGGCCAGAAGGGAGACGCUGGGGUCCCAGGACAUUCUGGACCUAAAGGAGAGAGUGGAAUCACUGGAUCGAAAGGAACUAAAGGAGAACCUGGAUUGAAAGGCAGUAAAGGGGAUCAUGGAAAAGAUGGUGGUCGUGGAGUUCAGGGAUUCAAGGGUGAACCUGGAGCACCAGGUACACCAGGACUCCCUGGAGCACCGGGAGAAAAUGGUCGACCCGCUGAGAAAGGAGAUAAAGGAGAUCUUGGUCCAGAGGGAAAACAAGGGCCUCCAGGACCUCCGGGAGCAUCUAGCGUUAGCAGUGGAGGAUCGGCCGGGAGCGGAAGAGGUAACGGAGAGAAAGGAGAGAGGGGGGAGCAAGGCCCACGUGGUUACAAAGGCGAUUUAGGCACCAAGGGUGAGAAAGGUGAUGAAGGUGAUAGUGGACCAUCUGGUCUGCCAGGAAUAAAUGGUGUACAGGGUCCUCAGGGUGAUAAAGGAGAGCCUGGAAAAGAUGGUUCUGGUGGAGUACCAGGAAUACCAGGAUCUAAAGGAGAUCGUGGUGAACGAGGUCCACCAGGUGCCACGACAAUUGCCGGUUCUGGUGAUUACGUUACGAUUAAAGGGGAAAAAGGUGCUGAAGGUAAAAGAGGGAGACGAGGUAGACCAGGGCCAAUGGGACCACCAGGAAAACCUGGAAAUGCUGGUGAAAUAGGCCUCCCAGGAUGGCCGAACAAUUCACACAAGGGACGCCCUGGAACGCCUGGUAUUCCCGGUAGCCCAGGACCAGUUGGACCGAAAGGUGAUAAAGGUGAAGGUUGCCAAGUGAACGACUGUAGCAGUGCAAAUGGACUAAAAGGAGAGAAAGGAGACGACGGAUUUCCCGGUGCUCCCGGCAGAGACGGCCAGCGAGGAGCUCCAGGCCCACCCGGACCCCCUGGAAUAUCACUAAUCGGUCAGAAAGGAGAGCCAGGUAUCGGACGUAGCCACAUGUUCGGAGACAGGGACUACUACGGACCACGUCAAGGAGCACGAAGUAGUCUCGAUGAACUCAAAGUUAUUCGAGAGCUCAAGCAAUUGAAAGAAUUGAAAGAACACUUAGGUGCUGGCACAGCAUCAAGUAGAGGGUCCAACGAAAUGGCGACGAAAAUCGUACCUGGAGCUGUGACGUUCCAGAACACCGAGGCAAUGACAAAGAUGUCGAGUGUCAGUCCAGUUGGUACUUUGGCCUACAUAAUUGAUGAAGAAGCAUUACUGGUCAGAGUCAAUCACGGCUGGCAAUAUAUUCCGCUCGGAUCUCUCUUGCCCAUAACAACACCACCACCACCGCCAACUACGUCAUUACCGCCCGCCAAUCCACCAUUCGAGGCUUCGAAUCUGAUCAAUCAAAUACCCAUGAAAGCCGACGGCACUGGGUGGUAUCCGAAAAUGUUGCGAAUGGCUGCACUCAAUGAACCAAUAACCGGUGAUAUGCACGGGGUGAGAGGAGCCGAUUACGCAUGUUAUCGACAAGCUAGACGUGCCGGCUUACGAGGAACUUUCCGGGCAUUUCUAAGUUCGAGAGUACAAAAUGUCGAUAGUAUAGUUAGAUUAAGUGACAGGGAUCUGCCAAUAGUUAAUAUCAAAGGAGAUGUACUGUUCAACUCAUGGAAGGAAAUGUUCAACGGUCACGGUGCAUAUUUCUCCCAAAAUCCAAGAAUUUACAGUUUCAACGGUAAAAAUAUAUUGACAGAUUUGGCUUGGCCGGAAAAGAUUGUUUGGCACGGUUCCCACAAACUCGGUGACCGUGCAAUGGACACUUACUGCGAUGCAUGGCACUCUGGAAACUCUGAUCGCUAUGGAUUGGGCUCACCUAUCACUGGUGGUAGACUAUUGGAGCAAGUACGUUACUCAUGUGACAGUAAAUUCGCACUGCUGUGUAUAGAAGUUACUAGUGAAUCAGCUAGAAGACGUCGAAGCAUUCAUGACAAUAUCAGUAACAACGAUAAUACUGAUUUAUCCGAACAGGAGUAUCAGAGUUAUCUUGAUGAAAUUAUCAAUAACUAAUUUAAAUAUUUAUAUUAAUUUUAUAUGAUAUUUAAAUAUAGGAGCUACGAUGUCCAAAGUUCAAAAAAUAUCAUGAUAGAUUUUUUUUUAUUUGGUGACUUCAUUCAUUCUGCCAAUAUCAUGAUGUAUUGAGGCAAGUGAUAUGGAGAGUCGAAUUAUUUGGUGGAAAUUUUGAGACAUUUCGAACGAUAGUAAUGCUACGGGCAUUUAUGUAUUGGUAAUAAAAAAUCCAUAGCUUCACCGCUAAAUAUUCAUUGGCAUUUAUUCGAAACUUACAUUUCUGACUUGACUGGCAAAAUUAAUGAUGUCUCCUCAUUAGAAAUGUCAUCUGGAAGGCAAACAGUACAGGGAAUGUUUUAUUUUGAUGAGAUUUAAUAAUUGAUUUCAAUGACUAUAGUAUAAUCUUCUCAGAAAUUGUUGAAUAAAAAAGUACCGGUAUUGGUUUCAGGAUUAGCAACAAAUGUCUGUUUAUGUUGUCAGAGUAAUGAAUUCUCGAAAGGUUGAAAAAUUGAUUUUCAUACUUGCAAUCCCACAAUUUUGGAAACACGUAUCCUCAGGAGAAGAUAGCAUAUCAAAAUGAUAAUUUAAACAUGCCUCGAAAAUUUCUCGUGAUUUUAAUUUGUUUAUUGUCAUUCGUAAUUGAAAAAAUAACUGAGAAGAAUGAGCUAAUGGAAUAAAAUUUCAUUUAAGUUUAUAUGUUUUCGGAAAAAAUUUUAUUCACUUUUUAACAGUCUCAUAUUUUCAUAUCGAAGCAAAAGAUCCAACUCUUCAAUUGAAAAUUUAUUUCUUCAAAUUAUUAAAGAAAAAACAGUUUUAUAAAAAUAGCAGGUGACGGAAACCUUAAAAACAUUAGACUCCAUUAAAAAUAAACUAGAAUAUUGGCUAGACGAAAUAAUCCGGCUUGUAAUUACAAAUUGUUGCUCGCUUUUUUUAUUAAUCCAUGUUCCUCAUGAGGUCACCAGAAGUUAUUCAUUAAAUUUCGUGAGUUUUCAAAAGUAUCGAGACAACAAAAUAAAUCUUUCGACGUCUCGUCGUUUCCUAAAAACAGUAAUUGAAAAAUCGUAUCAAUGUUGUUACUUUUCGAACAAAUAUCCUACUAGGAAAUUCUCGAAAAGACUGAUAGCUUCAGAGAUAACUAGAUGCAAAUUGAUUUGCCAUAUCGAUACCUAAUCCAUAUCAACAUGUGUUAAUCCUAAAAAAACUCCUUGAUUAAACGUGAAAAAAUGAUACCCAAAGUGAGACAACAGCGAGUGAUGAAUACGUGCGCAAGAGAAAUGUUCACAUUUAGUCAAUAUUUACGAAUAUGUUCGUCAGUAAAGAUAAUAAAGCAUUCAAUAAGUAAUAAGCGUAACUUUAAGAAUGACCCACUUAGUAUCAUCGUCCAAAAAAAGCCCAGAAAAUAAAUAAUAAAAAUGUGUGCGAGUGUAAGGCAUAUGCUCUUGAAUUACUGCCAUUUUCCUUGCAUAGUAUACUUGACGUGAACAAAAAAAUCCUCCUCUCGAAACCUAUGGGCUAUCGAGUGGAGUAAUAAUCGUAACAAAGAAUGUUGAAUUCCUCUUUGAUACUAUAUAUUCUGUGGUAUCCGUGCGCCAAUGAAUUACCGAUGUAUUUUAUCCAUAAUUACAAAAAAAAAUCCUUUCUCCCCUCCGCCCCCCAAAAAGUCGAAUCUAAGUCAACGUCUAUAACAUUGAAAAUGUAAUACUCAAUUCCAAAAUAAUUGACUCCAGAAACCACCUGUCAGAUGCAUGAAAACAGAAUAUAAUCUAUAUUUCUUGAAUCGCGUAAAAUGGAUUACGACAUUCCGAAAAGCUUAUUGGCUAAAUUUUCAGAAAACCCCGAACAAUGUGUGCAAUGAUAAUUUAUUCAGUAUCAUUUGCACCAGACGAAAGAACCACUUCCAGAGUGUUUGAUUUGUAUACUUUAUUAUUGUAUUUGUCAAUAAAAAAAACCAACAGAA